AGAAGUAGAAAUCCAAAAAGGGAAACCUGAAACCUGGCGAACUUUUGCCUUGGGUAUUUCGCUCGUUUUCGACUUUUUGUUGCUUUUUGUAAUUUUUUUUAUCAUUGCUGUGGUGCUGAAAAUGCUCGUAUGCUCGUUGUCGUUGUUCUAAGAUUCAACAUUGUAUUUUUGUUUCUGUAAAAAUUUUAAACGUAAUUUUAUUCUUCCAUUUCAGCCACUAGUUUCAUUAACGCGCGCUGAGUCAAGUUUUUCAUUAGUUGUAAUUUUCAGUUGAGUGUUGUGUUUUUAAAAAACAGUCGCAAUUUCUAUAGCUUCAACUGAAACUCGAUCAAGAUCAAUGCUGAAUAUCGGGAGUAACAUUGCAUAGAUGGUUUGCGCGAAUUGUGAAAAAAAACUCGGUCGUGUUAUCACCCCAGAUCCUUGGAAAGUUGGAGCACGGAACACAGUCGAAAGCGGUGGACGAAAAGUAGGUGAAAAUAAAGCUUUAACAGCGAAGAAGGCUCGAUUCAAUCCAUUGACUACCAAAUUUGGGCAAUGCCGAAUUUGUCGAACUAAAGUUCAUCAAGUUGGCUCAUAUUAUUGUCAAGCUUGUGCGUACAAGAAAGGAAUAUGCGCUAUGUGUGGUAAAACAUUGAUAGACACUAAAAAUUACAGACAAUCAUCGACGUGA